UUCUAGCUUGAAAUGAUGUUGCGUCGCACCGAGGAAUACUACAGUGUGUUGUUCGCAGGCAUCUUUAGCUCCGAGCUUAAGCGUGUACUUUACAUACGACGUGUCAGUCAAGCAGAACACUACGGAAUAUUCUAGAGGCGGUUACAACUACUUCAAGGCUAGGCUUGUUCAUGAAUCCAAGUAUUUACACAUGGACAACCCUUGACCUCGGGUGUUAAUUAAUUGAAAAUAAUCUCGACCAGAGAUGAAAUGAGACAACCCGUUUUGAACUACGCAAGAAAACAAUGGCAUUGGCGAAACGAAGAUCACGUGGGAUUUGCAUCAAGUUUAUGAGGUCCGUCAAUAGGCAUAAGACAUUAAGGACCUGGGUCCUACUGUUGUCUGGAAUGGUCCUAGUCCUAGUCAGCUUACACCUGUCGUGGCCUAAUGUCUCUCGUAUGACCGUCCAAGGGAACAGAGAAUACGACCCUCCAGAUCCUCCGUGUGUAGACCGCUAUUCCACAAUAUUUAACAGAGUCGAGGAUAUUUUUUGUAUAAACUUGCCCGCGUUUCUGCCACAAUUCAAGAAUCCGUGUUUCUACGAUUAUUUUCCCAUGGGUUUAAAAAGGCUGCGCUGUCUACCAUACUUUUAUAUCAUCGGAAUGGACAAAAGUGGUACUACGGACCUCCAUGCUAGACUAGUCAGACACCCACUCGUUAAGGGCAACUUUGGAAUAUUGGGGAAAGAAGCGCAAUUUUGGUCCUGGAAAAGAUUCGGGAUCAUGAUAAAACAGAGUGGCGAUAUGAAUACGACACUGGACAUGUACAUGGAGCUGUUUGCACAAACUGCUGAUGCCAUUGAUAGACAAAACAAUACGGAAAUUAUUACAGGCGACGCCUCUCCUAUGGACUUCUGGGACUUCCGGGGCUGGCCCAUGAUCCCCCAGAAUAAAGGUUUCAGCGAGGCUUGGGUUCUGACGCCCCACUUUUUAAAGUACAUUUACAAAGGGGCGCCCAAAUUAAUUAUACAGUUCAGGGAGCCUAUUGAAAGACUAUACUCCGACUACAUCUUUAUGAAGUACGGCACGAAUCCUGUGGAGUUCCACACCCACACACUACAAGCCAUAGACAUGAUGAGCGCCUGUCUCAAGAACCACUCCAUCAGGUUCUGCUACUUUGAUAACGGCAUGUACCAGAAACUACCGGCCAGAGUCCACGUCGGGUGCUACUCGGUGUUUCUCAAAGAAUGGUUUCGGGUUUUCCCGAGAAGCGCAUUUCACGUGACGCGCACAACUGAAUACAAAAACGACAUGGAGGGAACCCUGAAGGGUGUGUUCGACUUUCUGGACAUACCCCAGCCAACCAAAGCCGUGAUGGAGGACAUUUUAAAGAUGGGAAAACAUCACGUGACAGACAAGAAGGGCGUGGCACUUCCGGAAACAGUGAAAGUCUUGCGGGAGUUCUACGCUGAUUGUAACAAGGAAACGGCUGAACUGCUGGGAGAUGACCGUUUUUUGUGGAAGGACCAUUACUCUUGAUGUUUUGUUGAGUGUUGUAUUUUCACGGUUUUCUCCCUUUAAUAUAAUGACAUUGUGCUGACGUUUUCUGU